AAGAGACUCCAAAAGACACAAGUAUAAACCUGUUGAGGAUGAACGAAAUGAUUGGUCUGGUCAAACACACACCGGCGUCUAAGUAUAAAUAGGACGAAAAUCUGCUAACGUAAUGAUUUUCUGAUCUUCUAUCGCCAAGAGAGGUAAAGAUGCCACCAAAAAGGAAAGCCGCAGGGAAAGCAGCUGCUGGUGGGAAGAAAGCCAAGAAAGAGGCGGCACAGGAGGCUCCAAAGACAGUACAUGAUCACAUAGCUUCACUGAAAGCUGCUGAUGCUGGCAAGAAAAAGAAACAUAAAGUAGAUGAUAGAUUUCCUCUUGCAUCAUCAUGUGAGGUUCAUGAUGAUUAUGACUGUAUGUUAAACCAGACAAACAUAGGACAUAACAACAACAAGUAUUAUGUCAUCCAAGUUCUCAAGAUGGGACCCACUUACUAUACAUGGAACAGAUGGGGUCGAGUUGGAGAAUCUGGCACAACCGCUCAGAAAUCAUUCGGAAAUGUCAAUGAUGCCACUAAAGAUUUUGAGAAAAAAUUUAGAGACAAAACCAAGAAUAAAUGGGAAAACCGAGCUAGCUUCAAUCCAGUGCCAGGCAAAUACACAAUGAUAGAGAUGGCAGGAGAGGACGACGAUGAAGUAGAUGCACCCACUGUUAAAACCCCAACAGGACCAACAGCUGCCUGUACUCUAGAUGCCCCAACACAGUCCCUCAUGAAGCUGAUAUUUGACCAUGACAUGUUCCGAGAUGCAAUGAAAAGUUUUGAUAUUGAUGUGAAGAAAAUGCCUUUAGGGAAACUAAGUAAGUCACAGAUUGCAAAAGGAUUUGAAUGUCUUGAUGAUAUAGAAAAAGGCAUCAAUGCUAAAACAACAAAGAAUAUGUUAACACAUCUAUCAUCUACAUUCUAUACCUUGAUACCACAUGACUUUGGACGUCGUAUUCCACCAACCAUCGAUACUCUUGAAGCACUCAGAUCUAGGAUGGACAUGCUUCUGGUUCUAGGAGACAUUGCAUUGGCACAGGAAAUGGAGAAGGAGAGAGACAAGAUGGCGGGUUCAAAGAAAAAUAAAGACAAACCUGCUCAUCCUCUUGAUGUCGAUUACAAUUUACUCAAUUGUGACCUUGAGAGAGUUGACCCCAAGAGUAAAGAAUAUAAAAUAUUGGAGACCUAUACAGAUAAUACCAAAUCUUCUGGAUGGAGACCAUGUAAGAUUAAACAUGUAUGGAAGAUGAACAGACACCCUGAGGGAGACAGAGUCAAAGCACAUGAUAAAAUUACCAACAGGAAAUUAUUGUGGCAUGGAACAAAUGUGGCUGUAGUGGCGGCUAUUUUGAAAAGUGGACUACGUAUCAUGCCACACAGUGGUGGCCGAGUUGGAAGAGGAAUUUAUUUUGCUUCAGAGAAUGGAAAGUCUGCAGGAUAUACUCAUCCAGCAGGAAAAAGAGGCAUCAUGUUUUUGAAUGAGGCUAUUUUGGGUAAAGAAAAACAUAUUGCCAUGGAUGACUCUUCACUGAUAAAGGCUCCAAUUGGGUUUGAUUGUGUUGUUGCUAAAGGAUGGACUGAACCAGAUCCAUCAAAGGACACAUUUUUGACAUUAGAUGGAAAGAAGGUUAUCGUACCCCAAGGCAAGCCCAUUAGCCAGAGUACAUUUGCAAACAAAAGCAGCUUCAGCCAGAGUGAAUACUUGGUCUACCAAGAAAACCAAGUACGAAUGAGAUACAUCUUUGAAAUGGAAAUGUAAGAUGUGAAAAGAUUUUAUGGAUAAAGGACAAUCUGUUUUUUAACACCAUAGAAAUGUGAAAUAUCCUUGGAACGUUGUUUCUAUAUUUUAUCACAUAGACAGGAGUUAGUUUUUAUUUAGUUAUAGAACCUAUCAAAUGCGAGAGAUAAAGUUAUUGUAUUUUGUUUUAUUAGAGGUACUAACCAUUUAUAUACAAGAUAAAUUGUUAAUGUUGUGUUAAGACUCGUUAUUGAACAAUCAGUUAUUUGUUAUGUUUGUUUGGUAGUACAUUUAUUUUAAAUUUUAAAACUUUAUUGUUAUUUUUUUUUAUUUUAAUAAUUUUGUACUGGAUGGGCAAUCAACUGUUGAAUUUAUUUGAAAUAUUGGUUGUUUAUUUGUGCUUGGUUGUUGUUCUAUUCAAAGGUAGCUGUAAAUUUCUGCCUUAUAUUUUAACUACUUUGGUCACUGUAUGUUGUCCAAUACUAUUUCCACUGGAGAAAAAAACAAUGAAAAUCCAGAUUUGUUGUUGUAAAGGAUAGUUUAUGACUUUGUUUUUGUCAAAAGAUAAAUACACCCUCUUUAAAAAAAAAAUGAUAACUACAGAAAAAGAAGAAUAUUUUUAUAGAAAUAAAAGUUUAUGUCCUUUUAUAGUACAUUCAUUGGCCUAGUUAAACUAAUAAUGAAUAUGUUUUUACUCUUUAAAUACAUAAAGAAUGAAUAUUGUUUGUUAAGAUUUUUUACUGCUGAGUAAAUUUGUAUUAUAUAUAUACUUCACUGUGUUAUUUCUAGACAAAAAGUAACAUUACCAUUCAUAAAUAACAUAGAAAUAUCCCAAGUGUUUGACACAUAAUCCUUAUAGGAUAUAGAGUGCAUGAGUUAUUUCCCCUUAUAAAGAAAUAUUACAUCCAUUUCAAAUAGACCUACUUUUGCUAUUGUAAGAUAGAUAGGAAAACAGGAUGCUCAUAGAAAUUCCUAAAACAUGCAAUAAUAUUUUUUUUUAAUGUAUAGUUAUGAAACCAUUUGGGAAUGUAUUUCCACUAAAUCCCUGUAUUAUACGAUGCACCAAUGUUCUGUUUUAUGUAUAUGUGAAGUUUUUAUAAACACACAUAAAAAUGUUUAUAUAUAUAUAUAACCCUGUAUAGAUGUAUUAUCUAUAGAUUCUGCUUCAUCAAAAUGUGGCUGUGUUAAACUGAAAACAAUGAUCUGUGAUAGUCUGCUGCCAAAAGGGAGGUAAUUGUUGUUUUAUGUAAAAAGUCAUAAAUUUAAAAAUAAAUAAAUGAUAAAAUACAUGUAUAAAUAAGUUUGAUAUACGGUAAAAGAUUGAUAAAAUAAAAUAAAAAACUAGAAAAAAUAUCUAAUUUGAAAUAAAGAUAGAAUUCACAAAAAAAUCACAUUAAACAUAACAAAGAGGUUAGUGUAAUCAAAUUAAAUGGA